ACAGCAUUCGGGCACUAUGAUGUUGAUCGCAUUUGUCCAAACCUUUGUCUUCCCAGAAGUGAGCCUCUUUGGCAACCGACAGAUGAACAUCAAAAAACGAUAGACGUCUGUGGACAAAUUCUUUAUGCCAUGCCUGGAACGUGCAGGGUCUACGGGAAAGGUAUCUAUGACCAUGAGUUCGUUUGUGAGUGCAUAACUUCGGCUUAUCGGUGGAUCACGGAUCCAGGGAAAAUUGUAGCAGGACAGUUUCCCCGAUGUGAACCGAAGGAGGUGGAAUUUGAAAAAUUACCGUCAGGAGCUUCGAAAAAGUUCCCAUGCUCGAACGCAGAGUUCGAGUAUUUUUGCAAUAUUGGUGGAUCUAAAGAGUGUUUUUUUAAGAACUCGAGGGAGCUAUUUCAAGGUAAGAAUAUGACAGUUACCAAAACAACACUAUGGCCGACAUGCAUUUGUAAGGAGGGUUAUUCGGGAGUUAGGUGUGAUCGGCGCCUAAAUGUUUGUGAAGAUCCACUGCCAAUCACUGAAAAAGAACUGGACGAACUCAAAAAGAAAAUUCGAGGAAAAUAUAAAUAUCGAUGUGAAUGCAGAAAGGGUUCAAAACGCGAUUCUAAUUAUCUUGGCUUGGAUAAUUGCCGUCUACGGUCAGAAAUUCGAAAUGAUAAUAUAUUGAAAGUUGCGAUAUGCCCACCUGGAUACGCUGGCGAUAACUGCGACAGAACAAUAAACGCUUGGUCAAGACUUUGUUCCAUGAAUUGCAGUAAUAACCAUAAUAAUAUCAUUCCCACAAACAUUGUGGGGUCUGGAAUUUCAAUGACCAGGCCUCAGCCCGUGUCCCGGACACAAAUCGCUCCUAAUUCAACUAUUCCCGUUCCUAGAUUUCCGUCGAAUACUUUACAGUAUGGCCAACUUCUCCUUCAAAAUAUAUCUAGUCCUCGUCUUAAAAAUCUACCAAAGGAUCCAAAUAGUAUAUUCACAUCAGGAAAUAAUGUCAACGCCCUUGAGUUUGCGAACUUCGUCAUGAGAACAAUCAGAAAUCCAACAUGUCAGCGAGCUCUUAAUUUCUACCCUAUGAACAAAAUUGAUUCAGAUGUGAACUUGCUAAGAGCAGUGAAUAAUGAAAUUUGUAAUGGUUAUCUUUUUGGAAUUUACUCCGAGUCACCCUUUCUACGGCCUGUCAUGGUCCUAAGGGAGACAAAAUUUGCCUAUCCUUUCAACGCCUCCCCGCAUUUCAGUGAUUCGGAUGGUUUGAUUCGACAGUUGAAGGAAAUAGCUGAUUCUAAGUGCAAUCCGCAUGCCUUUCCAAUCUUAUGCAGCAAUCCAUGCAAAUUCAGUGCCUCGAGUGUGGGCUUUGCUACCGAUUUCAUGACUCAUUCCUUUAAUCUUGAAUUGGACGUGAGGCUCCUUCAGUAUCUCAAUGAGCAGUGUAAAAGGGAGACAACUAUGAGAGGGGAUCAAUAUAGAGUAGUAUUGCGGCUUGGUUGGGCAACUACGCCACUGAUCGCCUUCAAGACAGAGUCAAAUGCUCAUCGAUUAUUGACUGCCGAUCAACUUCCAAGGUGUUUGACGGUUAAAGUUGGUCGAAGACAAGUUUCUCUACCCGAUCCGGCAUUUCAUUGUGGGCAGGCAACUAAACUCGGUCAUCGUUUGCGCUACUCUAUUGAUAUCACCGACAGACUCCAAACACGUCCGCAGAAUUCGAAUCGCCCGCGGAAUAUUGAGAUUGAAAUUGGCUGGGUCCAAGCCCCAUUAGAAGACAGUGGUGUUGCAUUGAUGGAAGCUGUUGCCUCUGGACUAAUAACUCCAGCAAUCAACUGCCUCAUUAACCUACCACUAAUCCAAGUCACUCUAGAUCGAGUGGAGACAGUGGAACGUAUUGUCAAGUCUUUUGUUGACGCAAAACCUGGAGUUUCUACAGGUGAAGUGGAGUAUCAACCUCAGCAUCCUGGCUCUUUGGGAGAGUUCAACCUUCCUCCCUUCACACUUGACUCGGUUUCCGGUCUUUAUCAGUUCUGUGUAUCCUCUGAACGAGUUAUCCCUAAACACGCUACACUGAAAAUGUUGAAAUCAAAAUUGGACAAUCAAGAUGGAAUCCAGUGCGAAAAUUCAUUCCCCGCGUCAUUGAACUGUCCCCUAACGCUGCUCCGUAUCCGGAUUCCCGUCAAAUCGUGUAUUUGCACACAUGUACAGUGCUUUGAUCUGGAGGCGUUUUUAAAAUCAGUGAAAUGUCGGCCGAGGUGGAAUUGUCCAGUUUGCAAAAUUUCAGUUCCUUUCAGGGAUCUUCGCAGAGACGAGUUGUUUGAAGAACUUCUUCACGAUCCUUUGCUCGCUUCUGUCAAUCAAAUCAAAAUUGAUGCCAGCGGGCGAGUCAUUUACAUUGAAAAUGACCACGGAGAGGCACAGGGGUCUCAGAUCAAUCAAGAUGUUGAUACGAAAGAAAUCUUAAGUCCACUCAAAAUGGAUCCAUGUUUGUCAGUGGCGGUUCCAUCUAAAAAAUGUGGCUCUGAGGAGGUGAUAAUCAUUGACGAUAGUUCUGAUGAGGAACAGGAACUACAACUACAGAACAGGACUAAUGGGGAGGAGUCAAAUGGAUCUGACUAUGUUCCUUCACUUCCUUCUGAAGUGACCACUGCGCAACCUGCUGCUGUCAUUACUGAGAUUCAACAACAGACAUCAGCUAUUGAUUUGAAUACCUUCAACAACCCCCUUCCUUUACCACGAAUGGGUUCUCCCGCUUUCCCGCAACCACCACCAUCUUUUUCUGCUCGUCCGAUUGUGAUCUCUCACAGAGCCCCCAUCAUUUCUGAGGAGGUAGUAGACCUAACGUCAGACAAUGAUGACGACUUUGAUAUUCCGACAACUCGGGUUGAACAAUUUCGUGAGGCUACAUCAACAACUCAAACAGCUUCUCGUCCUAUUUCACCUCCCAUUAUUCAACCACCUACACAACCACAGCCAUCAACUACAGUAUCAGCUCCUCUUCCCACUCCUCGUCCCUCUUAUCUAGUCAUUCCACCAGCACCACAGCAAACAGAUCAGCUUCCCAAACAGACCCUCCCUGGUCCUGCUACAAUUAGUGUAGCUCCUGCUGUUCCCAAUCUAGCUCCUCGUGUCAUUACUUCACUUAGCUCCAUGGAAGGUACUCGAUAUGUCCUUGUUCCAACUACUCAGUCGAAUUCUGGUGCAGCCCUCCACUCAUUUCCCAUUCCAAUUCAAAAGAGUACGACAACCGUGAGUCCCCCUGUUGCUGCAGUUCCUGCUCAGCCAGUCAUUACACCUUCAAUAUUAGGCCCGGGUCCAAUGCAAUCCCCACAUUUAACCAAUCUUCUCUCCUCUGGCUCUCCACAAAGCACUACUUCAACGAAUGCUAGCCAGGACUCCACAGGUGGAGGUACUGGAGGGAGUUCGCGAUCAAGUCGAUUUAAGAGUACCACUAAACGCAGGGCUUCAAACUCCCAAGCCUCUGAUGUUUCAUCCUUAACAGUGACUGUACCCACUACCUCACUGUCGUCAACUCCCAGUGAUGUACAGCAUGCACAAUCAUCGUUAUCUUCUAUCUCUGCUCAUUUGCGUACACGUACCUCUGCUAGGCUGUCAUCCAGUACUAUACCGUCACCAGUUACUAUACCUUCAAGAAAUGUUGCCAGACGUGGAGGUGGAAGAAGCAACGCAGCAGGAGGAAAGCGACGUAGAGUUCAUCUUGGAGACGAAGAUGGAUCUAAUUCUGUUGCCUCUUCUUCUACAGGUGCUCCUUCCGAGGAAGUAAAUUUUGAAGAUGAGGAAGACGAGAAUUUUGAUUCGAAUCAAGAGGAUGAAGAUGAUAGUGAUGACGAAUGGACACCGAACAAAUUAAAUACGUCCACAUCCAGUUCGACUCGUCGAAAAAAUCCUCCGUCGGCUGUUGCUAUUCUGGCUAAACGAAAGGCGACGACAUCUGGGGCUCCUUCUGAAAGUUCCAGUUCUGGAAACAGUCGAAGAGCAUGA